AUGGCGCUCGUUGGCCUUUCAACCCAGGACCUGCUAACAAAGAUACGUGAGGCAGGUGUAGAGGUGACUGAAGUCGAAGCCCAGAGAUUCAGAGAUAAUGAUGUGGAUGGUGAAACAGUUGAUUGUGGCCUCACAGAGAAUAUGAUUGCCUGCUUGUUUCAUGGAUCUUUUAAGAAGCAGGUCAAAUUUAGUCAGUUUGUGAGCAAGUUAAAAGAGCCAGUGGUAACACUAACUUUAGAGCCUGUGCCUCCAGAAGAAUGUCAGCAACCUACUUGCUCAGCCACAUUAUGCAGUGGACCUAGUGGAAGACUGCCCACUACAUUUGACAUCCCAGCAUUCCCCAGGCACCUACAAACAAAACUUGACAACAAGGAACCAUGUCAGAGAAACCCGAAGGACAGACACAUAAUAAUCAGGGUUCUCUAUGAAGCGAUGGCACAAUACACAAUGUAUCCCACAAAUUUGGAAUAUGUGCAAGCUGUAAAGACACUAAUUGUGAGAUAUCCUUUCCUGAAGGAUCUCGAGGGAAAUGGUUAUCAUACAUGGCAUAUGUCUUUGAGGCGUAAGUUCAAAUCAGAGCGUGCCCCCCUGGUUUACAACGAUGAAGUGAGGUUAAGUAAGGAGAAGUUUUGCCGCAAGACAUCAGUGCAAUCUGUAGAAACUGCAAGAACCAAUCUGAGAAAUCUGUCCGAGGCAUCAAGUGUUCUUGGUGAGGAUCCAUCCUCCAUUGAUGCUCAUGUGAAGAUGUUACAUAGCCAGUACCAGAAGAUGCAUCCAGACCUCAUGAUUGUACAAGACCGUAUGCAGCAAACCUUUGCAUGGCGGCAAAAGGAGAUAGCAGAUGGCAUGACUGUGGAGGAAACCGUCAAGAAGUACCCUUUCUUAAGGACACCGGCUGUGUUGUACAAUGAGUUGGAAUGGAUCCAUCCAGCAAUAGGGAACGUGUGUCAGCGAUUCAAUGAAGGCUUCAGCUGUAUUGUGUCAAAGGUUCUCAAUCUGGCUCGAGGGAAAUCCCCGCUGUCUAAACUCUACCUGGAAGCAAGAGAAGAGGCUCUCACAGAGGAUCUACCAGAUAUUGACUUCAGAGCUGCCCUCAUCUUUCUGCCACACAUCUUCAAGGAGAACAUUGAUUGCUUUAUUACUCUUGGAGAGAGUGAUCCUGCCACUCCAUACCCAACUAUUCAACUGACGGAUCGAGACUGGAAAAUGGCCUUCACCAGGAGAGCUUCAAACAUUGUGAAAGUGGACGGCAUAGAGUUGUGUCACACCUCAGCAAUUGACGAGGGAAUCAUCUCUGCUUUCUGUGCUUACUUUGUGUUCAACCUAGCAUUUCCACGACACCUGAAGAACACACUGAUGUUUCUCCAAAGAUACAUCGUCAAAAUAGUUGUGGAUAGUGAUAAGCCUCUGCCAAUAACUAUCACCAGGCAAGUAAACCUCCUGUAUUGA